AUGAUCAAGUUGUUGGUGGUGCUAUUGUUGAGUUCGUGGCCUUUGAGUGGUCGAUCAGCCAGUAAGUUGCGUCCUUCGGGCCCAUCCUCUGAUUCAAGUGUCCAAUUGUUUCUUCCUUCCCAACAUUGCCUUGAACGGUGGGACAUACGAUGAGAUCGAGACCGGUGACCUGAAUGUCUGUUGUAUUGUCUGUGCCCGCGAUCCCUGUUGCAUUGCGUAAGUUGCUCUAUAUCAGGUAUUAAAUACAUCAUUGUAAGCCGUCUUUUAUGUCAUCUUUUGAUGGAUUACUCCCUAUUAUUGUUUACUACAUGUAUUGUUUCAUAAUGUAAUAUUUUAUUGAUUUCAGAUAUACGUUUGAUAAGUACAAGAAUCGGUGUUACUUGAAGGCAGCUAUCACAGACUCAGCGAAGACCCCAACAUUCACAAGUGGGAUUAAGGCAAACGAAUUCUCAGGUAAAGGUUCGAAUAUGUUCAAAUCUCUGGAUUUAGGUCAAGCAGGGAUCUUAAAAAACAUAAAGAUCUUUGGGGGGACGACAACUACUGUCAGACUACCAAAUAACGAUGAUUGUAUGCAAUAUUGUACAGGUAAAAGAAGUCACGAUUGUUUUUGCUGAAGAAUUGUGUUUGUGCAAGCUUCAUGAAUCACAUGACAGACGAGUGCUGUUUAAGGAAGUUACAAUCUAUUUACAGCUUAUGGAAUGUCCUCAUAUUCUCCGCCGACCGAAGGGAGUGGAGAGACCGAUGGGGAGUGUGCUUGUAUGUCGCGGAUCUCUUCGUUGGAAUACAAUUUCGGGGCACGAUCGGCCAUCUUCCCCGCAGGGGUCAGUCUCCCCGAAUUGGGGAAAAACAAAAGACGGAACUGA